AUGCAGUACGUUCAGCUUACAAUCGAGCUCAUCACCAAGGCCUUCGAGACAUUUUCUUCUAAGAAGGGAGUGGAGUUUACCAAGAAAGAUGCAAAUAAGAUCUUUAAGGCGCUUGAUGAGGAUGAGGGAGUAGAGAGAUACUACUUUUGUGGUGCAAAGUGCACCAAGUCCAAGCGCAAAUGCAUGAAGGAAGUUGAUGAUGAAGGCAUGCAUUGUUAUGUCCACGAUCCUGCGCGCAAGUGUCAAGGCACAACCAUUAAGGGCGCUAAUUGUGGUAGUGUAGCCAAACUUGGUGAAACAUACUGUGGACGUCAUCGAGAGCAGCAUAAAGGUCAUAUGAAAAGCAGUAACAAUAAGGCACCUGCCAACAAGCGUACCAAGUCUUCCAAGAUAACCAAGAAGACACAUACUCCUGAGUUUGUCCCUUCAGAUGAUGAUAUGACUUCCGAGGAUGAAGAACCAAAGAAGCGAAAGAGAAACAAGCAGGAGUCAUCGGAUGAGGAGCCGUCCGAUGAUGAUGAAGAAGAUAUAAUUGCCGUCUCCUUUCCGUUGAGUCCAAAGAUGGGACUCCAAGAGGCAACUCCUGCUGAUGUAGAAAAAAUAGAAGAGUCUUCUGCUGAUGAGAAUUCUGACGAUGAUACAGAUGAUGGUGAUACGUCUGAUGAUGCUGGCUCUGACGAUGAUUCCCCUGAUGAUAAAGACUCUGAUGAUGGCAAGUCCAAUAACAGACCUGAUGUAGAAUCUGGAGAUGAUACCUCUAAGGAUAACCCUGAUGAAAAACUAUCUCAUAAAAAAUCAGAGAAAGACAUAGCACGUGCGAAGGACAGAGGAUGGAUGAUUCAUCCUAAUAACGACAUGCUUGAGUAUGCAACUAAGUUUACGAUGAAUGGCAAGUACAUUGUCAGGCUAUCUGGAAAGAAUACAUACGUUGGCCUGUUUACGCUUGAUGCUCUGCGCGGUGUCGGUGAUGUUCCAGAGUUGGAUAUCUUGGAACGCUCCAUGCUUAGCAAGAUGAAACUUCAACCAUUGUCUGAUGAAGAGAGAAAGACGCUUUUCAACGAGGAGAUCGAAGUAGAAGAAGAAGUACCAGUAGAAGGACCAACAGAUAAAUCCAAGGUGAUAUGGAAAAAACUUAACAAGUACUUGGAAUAUUCCGAGAAUGUACUUGUAAAUGGAAUGCACAUUCUCAAGAUGCGCAAAAAAGACACUGUAAUCGGCUUGAUGACUGAUGACCAUAUUGCUGCAGAGAAUGUAGAGUGUCAUUCUCUUAGCCAGAAGGAAAAAGAGAAGUUGUUUGCUAUGGGAUUUAAACCGCAUGAGCAUAAGCAAAGCUUGCCACAGAAAGAUGAGAGCACAUGUGAGGAUGAUAAAGAUGCUGAGGGCGAUAAAGAUGCUGAGGAUGACAAAGAUGCGGUGGGUGAUAAAGAUGCUGAAGAUGACAAAGAUGUUGAGGGUGAUAACGAUGCUGAGGAUGACAAAGAUGCUGAGGGUGAUAACGAUGCUGAAGAUGAUAAAGAUGCUGAGGAUGAUAAAGAUGCUGAGGAUGUUAUGUGGAAAAGUCGAGACAAAUUUACCAACAACAAACAAAAGCAGAAGUUAAUUGCCAUGGGGUUCACGAUCGAGGAAUUGCCUAAAUUGUACUCUCCAGAUGUAAAGUUUUGGUAG